AUGCCUAACUAUGCAAAAUUCCUCAAAGACAUUUUCAGAAAUAGGAGGACUUGUGAUGUUGUGGAGACGGUGAACUUCACCAAGAAUUGUAGUGCAAUCAUAAUGAACAAGAUUCCACCUAAGCUAAAAGAUCCCGGAAGAUUUUUCAUCACUUGUGCCAUUUACAAAAUGCAAAUCGACAAUACCUUAUGUGACCUAGGAGCUAGUGUUAGCCCUAUGCCAUAUUCGGUGGAGGAUUUCCAUUUAAGGGUUGGAAAAUUUGUUAUUCCAGUGGAUUUUGUGGUGCUUGAAAUGGACGAAGAUGCUAGCAUUCCUAUCAUUCUAGGGAGACCCUUCCUCGCUACUUCGGGUGCUAUGAUUAAUGUCAAGAGCGCGAAAAUUUCACAUAAAUUAGGAGAUAAGGUUAUAGAAUUUUACUUAAAUGAUAGUAUGAAGUAUCCAUGUUCUUAUAUGGAGAAUUGUAUGAUGAUUGACUCUCUUGAUUCGGUUGUGUCUUCCAUGUAUAAGAAAUUUCUCACCUCAAACGAUGCUCUUGAGAAUGUUUUGUUGAAUAAGGAAAAUAUAGGUUCUCCUAGCAAGGAGAUGAAUUUAUAUGCAGAUGUGCUCAAUGGAAGCCUUUAA